GGGUAGCUGGAGGGAGGACUGACAGGCCGUGGGGAGGGGUGCGGGGUAGAGGGGACAAUCUGAAUAAUUGAGGAGGUGUUCGGCAGCAGUGGCUGCCUCCUGCCUUCCUUCGCCACCACCACCCUGCAUCACAGUGGGAGAGACAGAGCUCGGCGCUCUAAGUGUGACCGCCAGCCAUCAGCUCUGGCAGCCAGUUCAUCUCCUCCAGUCCUCUGACAUUCAUGCCCAGGAGAAGGCUGCUUUGGGUCCCUCCGGACCUUUCUUAAACGAGAGAUCCCUGUUCGCUAGAUGAGUUCCAGAAACAUCCACUAAGGCUCCUGUAUACUCUUCCAUCAAUUGACCUUCACCACAACCUGCAUCGCUCAGGAUGAGUGGCUUCCUUACCUCCCUGGACCCACGGCGAGUGCAGUGGGGGGCUGCCUGGUAUGCAAUGUACUCCAGGAUCCUGCGCACCAAACCAGUGGAGUCCAUGCUGGAGGGAACUGGGACAACCACAGCACAUGGCACCAAGCUAGCCCAGGUGCUCACCACCAUGGACCUCAUCUCACUUGGUGUUGGCAGCUGCGUGGGCACUGGGAUGUACGUGGUGUCUGGCCUGGUGGCCAAGGAAAUGGCAGGACCUGGUGUCAUCGUGUCCUUCAUCAUUGCAGCCCUCGCGUCCAUAUUAUCAGGCGUCUGCUAUGCAGAGUUUGGAGUCCGCGUCCCCAAGACCACGGGAUCAGCCUACACCUACAGCUACGUCACUGUCGGGGAGUUUGUAGCAUUUUUCAUUGGCUGGAACCUGAUCCUGGAGUACCUGAUUGGCACUGCAGCUGGUGCCAGCGCUCUGAGCAGCAUGUUUGACUCACUGGCCAACCAUACCAUCAGCCGCUGGAUGGUGGACAGCGUGGGAACCCUCAAUGGCCUAGGGAAAGGAGAACAAUCGUACCCAGACCUUCUGGCACUGGUGAUCGCAAUCAUCGUCACUGUCAUUGUCGCACUGGGGGUGAAAAAUUCCGUGGGCUUCAACAACGUACUCAACGUGCUGAACCUGGCGGUGUGGGUGUUCAUCAUGAUUGCAGGCUUCUUCUUCAUCAAUGGGAAAUACUGGGCUGAGGGCCGGUUCUUGCCCCACGGCUGGUCAGGGGUGCUGCAAGGAGCAGCCACAUGUUUCUAUGCUUUCAUUGGCUUUGACAUCAUUGCCACCACUGGAGAGGAAGCCAAGAAUCCCAACACAUCCAUCCCCUAUGCAAUCACUGCCUCCUUGAUCAUCUGCCUAACAGCAUAUGUAUCCGUGAGCAUGAUCUUAACUCUGAUGGUGCCAUAUGAUGCCAUCGACACAGAAUCCCCGCUCAUGGAGAUGUUUGUGGCUCGUGGAUUCUAUGCUGCAAAAUUCGUAGUGGCCAUCGGGUCCGUUGCAGGACUGACAGUCAGCUUGCUGGGCUCCCUCUUCCCAAUGCCAAGGGUCAUUUAUGCCAUGGCUGGUGAUGGGCUCCUUUUCAGGUUCCUGGCUCAUGUGAGCUCCUACACAGAGACCCCAGUGGUGGCCUGCAUCGUGUCAGGGUUCCUGGCAGCUCUCCUCUCCCUAUUAGUCAGCCUGAGAGACCUAAUCGAGAUGAUGUCCAUCGGCACCCUCCUUGCCUACACCUUGGUCUCUGUCUGCGUCUUGCUCCUUCGAUACCAGCCAGAGAGUGACAUUGAUGGGUUUGUCAAGUUCUUGUCUGAGGAGCACACAAAGAAGAAGGAGGGGAUUCUGGCUGACUGUGAAAAGGAAGUUUGUUCUCCUGUGAGUGAAGGGGAAGAGUUUUCCGGCCCAGCCACCAACACAUGUGGGGCCAAGAACUUACCAUCCUUGGGUGACAAUGAGAUGCUCAUAGGGAAAUCAGACAAGUCAACCUACAACGUCAACCACCCAAACUAUGGCACCGUGGACAUGACCACAGGCAUAGAAGCUGAUGAAUCUGAAAACAUUUAUCUCAUCAAGUUAAAGAAGCUGAUUGGGCCCCGUUACUACACCAUGAGGAUCCGGCUGGGCCUUCCAGGCAAGAUGGAUCGGCCCACAGCAGCUACAGGGCACACGGUGACCAUCUGUGUGCUCCUGCUCUUCAUCCUCAUGUUCAUCUUCUGCUCCUUCAUUAUCUUUGGUUCCGACUACAUUUCGGAGCAGAGCUGGUGGGCCAUCCUUCUGGUCGUUCUAAUGGUGCUGCUGAUCAGUGCCCUGGUAUUUGUGAUCCUACAGCAGCCGGAGAACCCCAAGAAACUGCCCUAUAUGGCUCCCUGCCUCCCCUUUGUGCCUGCCUUUGCCAUGCUGGUGAACAUCUAUCUCAUGCUAAAGCUCUCCACCAUCACCUGGAUCCGGUUCGCGGUCUGGUGCUUUGUGGGCAUGCUCAUUUAUUUUGGGUAUGGCAUCUGGAACAGCACCCUGGAAAUCAGUGCCCGAGAAGAAGCCCUGCACCAAAGCAUGUACCAGCGCUACGACGUGGAUGACCCCUUCUCAGUGGAGGAGGGUUUCUCCUAUGCCACUGAGGGUGAGAGCCAGGAGAACUGGGGCGGGCCGGCUGAAGACAAAGGCUUCUAUUACCAGCAGAUGUCAGAUGCGCAGGCAAACACCCGGACCAGCAGCAAAGCGAAGAGCAAAAGCAAACACAAACAGAACUCAGAGGCCCUGAUUGCAAACGAUGAGUUAGAUUACUCUCCAGAGUAAGAGCAAACACCCAAGAAAGGUGUAGAAAUGUUGAUGAUUUACUUUCAGUAAUGUAACCUGUGGGCUAGGAGGUAGAAACUUCUUUGGCUCUCAUUUCAAAAUUCCAGCCUCCCCCAAAGUCAGUCCCUAGUCACAGCGUGUCAUUUGCCACUUCUGCUCUUCAGGACAGUUCUGUCAAAGGGUUUCACACAGGUCCCAUAAAUGGUCCCCUUGUAA